AUGAUAAAUUAUACAAGGACAAUCAACAUUGAUGACUCAACAAAACACAGAUUGAGCACUCAAUGUAAGGAUAAUUUUUUGCAAUUCAUAAUGCUUCAGAAAGCUGGGAAGCAGGGUGAUUUGAAAAUGUUGAAUCAUUUGAAAAGUGUUUACCCAAAAGAAUUGAAAGCUAAAAUUUUAAAAAACGCUACGAAUAUUGAUUACCUCAAGCAUCAUGAACAAAGUGAGAAGAUUCUGAGACAAUAGGCAAAGUUUAUAUUAACGAGUAGAAAGCACAACAACUUGACUGAUAGACCGAGAAGCAGAUUGGAUGAGUUAAUAAAAAGACCAUCUAACUUAUCGCCAAGAUGUUUAUUGACGACAGUAGACAAAUUUAAUAUAUGAGUACUCAAUAA